AUGAACUCCCUGUCCAAACGUAUUAGAAAGAUCAAGAAAACCCCAAAGAUGACCACGUUUGAGGACUCCGAUGAUCCAUAAUAAUUCACAGCUUGCAUUGCAAACCUUAAUUAAAUUGUGGCUGAAGAUCAAUUCAAAUAAAUUGUAACCAAGGAGUUAUUGGUUAGAUUGUUGGAAUAUUUACGACACAACAAUGUCUAAGUUGUCAUCAACGCUCUCAAUGCAAUCCAAAAUGUAUUGCGUAUUAGCGAUAAUUUUGGUUCUGAAAUUAGAGAUCAAUUCAAAGACCUGGGCUUAUUGGGCAUUUUAUUACUAUUCCCAGUUCAGGAAAAUACUCUAUCAAGUUUCUUGAACUUAGCAAUCGAGAUCUUUGAAACUUGGGAUAUAUCAUUACUACCACCACUUUAUUAAAGAAUAUUACCCAUUUUAGAGAAUUGUGUAUAACAGGUUUAUAAUGAAGAUAUCAUAUCAGAAGCAUUAAAUUUAUUAUAGGUGUUAACUGAGAUACCUUAAUUUAAUUUAAAGAAUAUAGAUCUUGAUCAAAUUUUCUCGCAUAAUAUUAUUAAAUAAUUACAUUUUGCCAAUCAAAUGAAAUUAAAAGCAUUGACACUCUAAACAUACCUAAACAUUGACAGAUUAGACAAUGAAAUGUUUUAGCUAAUUAAUGAAAUCAUCAGAAUAAAUAUCUUCUAAGAGUUGGAUAACAUUGAAUCAUUUCUCUAGAAGUAAGUAACAAUGGAGGAAGAGUCUGAAUUUAAAUAGGAUGAAAGAUUACUAAGUACACUUUAAAUUUGGAAAUGCUCAGCUCAAUCGAUAAUCUAAGUCUUGGUGUAUUUAAAUCGAAUUUACGAAGAAGAUAAUGAUGAUCCAUAUGCCAACAAUUAGAAAUUCUAAUAGUUCUUCAGAAAAGACAUCAUUUUUGAUUUAGAAGAUCUAAUUUUAAAGAAUUUCUUCAACUAUUCUGGGGUCAUUCAAAAAAAGCUAUUUACGGAUCAAACUACUUUUACUGAUGAAUUGUUGAGUCUAACUCUAUUGAUUUUUAAUUUAGGAAAUAAUUUAUUAGCGAAUCUCUAACCUUUAGUUUGCUUAUAAACUGUAGAACCAAUUCUGCCAUAAAUUUAAGCAGCCCUCCAAGUAGAUAUCAUAUCAGAUGAAGAUAAAAAAGAACUUGCUUAAUCUGAAUUUCUACUCUUGAUUAAACUGUUAAAAGUGAACCCACAACUAGUGUUAUAAAUUCAACCAUUAUUCAUUGUUUAAUUGUCUGAGUUAACUGAAACUACAGAAAUACUAUUUCAUAUCGUAGAAGUCAUGAAAAUUAGGUAUUCGAGUAAAGUAAAAAAUGAUUUGGAGACAAUUCGCAUAGUCACUCAAAAAUUACUUAAAUUGAUGAACCAAUCUAAUAUUAUGUUGGCUGCUUAGGCUUUGGAUUGUCUUUUCGAUGUGUACACUGAGGAAGAUUUCAAUGCUCUUCUAGUGGAAAUGUAGAUUCUUGACCUGUUAUCGUAGGGAUACUAAUAUUUAUAAUCAAAAUUACCAUAGGAAAAGAAAACAUUAGCAAAAGAUGAUUGGAAAUUCUUAAAGCUAACAGUUACAAACUUAAAGUAGUUUAUUGAAUACAAAUUAAACAUCAUAAAGUGA